GCCGCCGGCGGAGCGGGGGGUGCCCGGCCCGCGGCGCCGUCCGGAAACAUGAGGUCACAGUACAUCACAGCGCCCACAGUCACUGUCCUUCUGUUCCUGCUGUGGAUCCAGUCGUCAACAGGCUGCAAUAAGGCUCUCUGUGCUAGCGAUGUCAGUAAAUGCCUGAUACAGGAGCUGUGUCAGUGCCGCCCUGGGGAAGGGAACUGCUCCUGCUGUAAGGAGUGCAUGCUCUGCCUGGGCACACUUUGGGAUGAGUGCUGUGACUGUGUUGGUAUGUGCAAUCCUCGCAAUUACAGUGACACACCUCCAACAUCCAAGAGCACUGUCGAGGAGUUGCAUGAACCAAUUCCUUCACUUUUCCGGGCACUGACAGAAGGGGAUACUCAGCUGAACUGGAAUAUCGUUUCCUUCCCUGUGGCAGAAGAACUGUCGCACCACGAGAACCUCGUUUCCUUUUUGGAAACAGUGAACCAGCCACAGCAUCAGAACGUCUCUGUUCCAAGCAACAAUGUCCACGCACCUUACUCUAGUGACAAAGAACACAUGUGUACUGUGGUGUAUUUUGAUGACUGCAUGUCAAUACAUCAGUGCAAGAUCUCUUGCGAGUCCAUGGGAGCUUCCAAAUACCGAUGGUUUCACAACGCCUGCUGUGAGUGUAUUGGGCCAGAAUGCAUCGACUAUGGCAGUAAAACUGUAAAAUGUAUGAACUGCAUGUUUUGAAGCAGGAAAAUUGUAAUAUAGCAAUACUGAGGCCAAAGUAAUCUCUCUCAGUUAAAGAGAUGGGGAUUGCAAAUACUGCAUUUUGGUGGAGUGCCUACUGGUUGCAAUUAAAUGUACCUGGUUGAAAAAAGAUGUAUAAAAUCUGAAAACUUUUUUUUCUUUUUUUUUUAAGUCAUGUAAGCAAGGCUAACUAGUAGAAGUUUUAACACUAUGUUUUAAGUUUAUUUUUCUUUAUUUCUGCUCGAAUGGUACAGCCAUGCUCAUCCUUGCUGUUCUGAUUGUUUUCCUUUGAUUUGAAAGUAUUGACUAUACUGGUUUUCAGAAUGUAGUACUAUAUCUUGUAGUUUAGAGUAGGGAAACCUUAAGAAUAUGGUAAUGAGAUUUCCAUCAUCUAAGUUCAACAAAUAAUUAAAUGGCUGCUAGGUUGGAGGGGGGUGGUUGUUCUUUAGGCGCUGGUUUUUUGGGUUUAGUUUCUGGUCUUGUUUUUUAACUUUAUUACCUUCCAGUCUUUUUGCUUAGCCUUCUAUUGUGAAAAUGGUAUUUGGGGAAAAAGAAAAAUUCAUGCUCUCUCUUCAAGUUCAACACAUGGGCUGUCAUGGAUAAAAUCCUAACUUCUUAGAAGGGCUGCCCAACAAAACACUAUGUGUGGGACACUUUUCUUCCAAGUUUCAUUUGCCCUGCUCUUGUAAGUACAUUGGGUCUAUGUUGCUUAAUUUAUAUAUUAAAAAAAUAUGUAUAUCUUUUCAGUCUUCUCUUAGAUACCAAAAUAAAGCUGUUAAGUGCAGUUGCAUCUCCCUCCUUUUGCACUGUUCUCUAGGGUUGCUUACUCCCUGAAUGUUCAGUCCAGUAAAGGAAACAUGAAAGGUUAUUAUGGAUUUAAUAACUAAAUGAAUAAAGAAGAAUGAAAUGACAUGAACUAGCAAGUGGUACAGGGCUACCAGUUGGGCAGUUGGCAGCAGGCAUGUUCCCAUUUAGCGGUUUGCUGUGAAUAUUUAUUCCAAAACAUAAUUUUUUUUUUCCCCAUGAAAUGUUGUCACUGAAGAAGGGAAGAUGUGUCCACAAAGGCAAAAUUACAAUGUUGAGUUUAGAACAUUGCCCAUUUUUCUAAGUAAGAGUUUUAAUAUGCUGACUGUUACAUAGCAGUUACUAUGACCCAGUUAGGGCUCCAUUUAUAAUGGUACUAAGUACAAGAAUAAAGUGUAUGAGUAGUUAAUGAUCAGCUUUUGGUAUUUAUAAUGAUGUGGGUUUUAACUCCUUGAAAUUUUUUUUAAUGCAUAUAUGCAUAUGCGCACACAAAACCGAAUUUGACUAUUCAUGUUUCUCUCACUAGCAUCAGUCUAGAGGGAUUCAACUGUUUUCUAGUCACACCUGUCUAUCUGUACCAUGUACAAAUGAAAGCAGUCAUUUUAAAUUUAUUUUGUUGAAAAGUUUGCCUGAAUGGUUUUUUCAUUUUUUCUCAUGAUACAGUUCCUUCAAUAAGAUGAAAUAAUAAUAAUAAAAAAGUCUACUCUUGUGAAAUAACA